CUGCUUGGUUCUCUUUAGGUUUGUUUUUGUAUGUGUUUUUUUUUGCUUAAUUGAUAGUAGGGUGCUAGAUAUGGUGUUUGUGUUGUAGGUUUUUCUGCGUUUUUUGUUGAAGGAUCAGAUUUGUACAUAUAUGGGUUUAGGUAUUGAAUGAGAUUUUUUACUGCUCAGUGUCUGAAAAUUUGAAUAUGAAUAAUGAAUCUGUAAUUCUGUAUGUUGUUUUUCUCACUCGUCUGCUGAGAUUGUUGAGCUCUAGGUGGUUCUUAGAGGAAUUUGUACGUAUGUAUUAGUUAUAACUACUAGUUAUUAUACAUCAUAGACAAUAAACUGUGGUUCUCAACUCAUAGUUCUGAAAUUUAAACGGUGAUGCUGGUUUGAGUUGUUAUCUGACUUAUCUCACACAAUUUUUACUCCAUUUGUCUUGUUUUCCUCUGUAUUCAGUGACUUAAAAUUUCAACUGAACCUAAACUUCAUUUAGGAUUAAUAAUUAGUGAAGUAUUUAUAUUUGAAAUUGAUGAGGCAACCACUAGCUCAUGAAGUCAUGUAUUACCUCACUUUACUAAUUAUAUAUAUCAAGGCCUUAAAAUUGAUGAAUAUACUGGAAAUAUGAUGACAUGUAUGUAUGGCCAAUGUUGUUAUACUGGAAAUUGAUCUAACAAUAAACUAUAUUACUUGCUUCAUGCAUUUAUGCAUCUUUGUUUCAUUUUACAUCUAACUAAACUUCAAUUCUCAAAUUUGUUUUUGAUCUGUUUUCUGUGCUGAUUUGUUUUCCAGUGAAGUAUGCAAUGAUUUUCCUAUUGGUUACUCACAAAUUAGUAUAGCUAUUUGUUUAAAAAGGCUACAAUAUAUUUGUUUAAAAGGGCUGCAAUAUAUUAAUGGUUGCAUAUUUACUUAGAUGAAUAACUUGGAAGAAACAAAUGAGGAAGAGGCAAAAUGGCCCGAUAGAGCCGUUAUACAGCUUUAGAGAAUUUUAAAUGAAAGAGUAAAAAAAAGUCCAUUUGGACAACUUUCAUUAAAACCUUCGGACUGGAAUGAUGUUGGUCGGGAGAUGAUGGAGUCUGUUGGUCUCAAUUACGGGAUUAGUAAACUUAAAGGAAAGUGUAACAUGCUGAAAUUGAUGUACAAGCAGUUUUCUGAGUUGGUUUCUCAUACGGGGGUAACAUACAAUUCACUUACAAACACUGUGGAGGCAUGUGAGGAUACAUGGCAAAAAUUCUACGCGAAGCAUCCUAAAUUCAAGUCUUAUAAUAGAAAUAGUUGCAAACACUACGAGCUAAUGACUGAGGUAUUUGCCCGAUCUGUUGCCACUGGAGGUCUUGCCAACUCGUCCAUGCAAAUGCCACUUAACUCUGAUGAGGAAUGCCUUGCCGAGGAUGAGUUCUUACUUCAUGCAAGACCAUCAGUAAUUGAAGUUGAUACAGGUCAUACCAGUUCAAAAGGAAAAAGGAGUUUGGAUGAGAUGAUGGAUAUUGUUGGUAGCGCGAGGAAGGACACUACCAAGAAGUUGAGGGAGAAGUUAAGUAAUGCAAUGGAUAGUGUUAGUGCGAAUAUGACUUCAAAAGAACAACGCCGAAAAGCCAGGGAAGAUGCUAGUAUGAUGAGUAUGACGGCUGUUGCCCCAUAUACCAUGAAAGCUUGUAUUCAGAUUCUGAACAACAUGAGUGGGAUUCCUCGUGCUGCAAUGAAUGCAGCUUUCCUGAAAUUGGAAAAUCUUGACCUCCGUGAGGGGUUCAUAGAAAUGUCUCCUGAAUGGCAACGUGAAUGAAUGUUAUCUUUGAUUUGAAUGUGUUAGAUAAAUCUGUUGUUGUUAACUAUUAGCUUAAUAUGUUGUUGUUGUUAACUAUUAGCUUAAUCUGUUGUUGUUGUUAGUGCUUUGAACUUUAGAAUGAGAUUUGUUACUGCUUAGGACUUUGAGUAGACUUGUUGUAUGUGACCCAACUUUCUUAGCACUUUCUAUUAAUAUAACAGUUUGAUUCAAAGAUCUGUUGCUAAU